UUGACAGCGGUCGACCGGCCGAAGUCAUCGGGACUGAGGAAAGACUUUACCGCCGCUGCAGCAGCAGCUCCCCCCCCCUACUCCCGUCCGGUUUUAAAAAAAAAGGAUAAAUUCAACAAAAUAACACACAAGUUUCUCGCGGGUUUGCCCAACAUUUAGCGGCCGCGGAUUCAGCCGGUUUUACUUUCCUUUCUCUCAGCGGUGCUCAGACUGCUCGUUACCCCCGCGGCAGGCGGUUAGCAUCGGAUACCGCUGCUAAACAUGGUGGCCUGUAGGCAAGAAGAAGAAGAAACGAGCCCCGUUUUGGGGAUUUCUUUGGAGGAAUUUUUUUUAAAGGCACUCGGACGGUUGUGAAUGUGAAACACCGCUGCUCCGGACACACCACUACCCUCCUUUUUUAGCUUUAUCUGGCGUUUUGACGGACUUCGACGUUGCCUUUCUGACACAAGCAGCAGCGGACCAGCACCGUCCGGGUUUUGUGGACCGUGGAUAAUUGUACUUCAGAAGUUGUCACCAGGCCGCCUGAAAGUUAUUUUUUUUGGGGGUGGGGGGGGAAGUAGUAAAAAAACAUGCUCUCACGCGUGGAGAAACGCAUCAAAUAGCAGCACGGGUUUGUUUUAUGACUGUUUAUAUCACGGAUGUCUUGACACUCGCAGAGAGAUGAACUGGUGCACAAGUGCAGCUAACUGGGACUAUUUGAUCCUCUGAGAUAGUCUCUAUUAAAAAACAAACAAAAAAAAAAAAGCCCCCACCCCCUCCCCUUGUUUGAGGGGUUGAUUCAUUGUUAAUCUCUGGAUUAUUAUGGAUUAUUAUUAUGGCCUAAUCGCAACCACGCCAGGCCUGGAGUAUUGGGAAUAACUGCAUGAUGAUGAUGAUGAUGAUGAUGAUGAUGACAGAGAAAAGCGAUGGUUUCCCCUCGUUAUGAUUUUGAGUAGAGAGGAGUUAAUUACAUGGAGACUCGCCUGACAUGCCAAGGAAGGAGUUGCCACUACCUGAGGGUUGGGAGGAAGCCAGAGACUUUGAUGGCAAAGUGUAUUACAUUGACCACAUUAACCAGUGCACCAGCUGGAUCGAUCCCAGAGACAGGCAGACGAAGCCUCUGACGUUUGCUGACUGCAUCGGGGAUGAGCUGCCAAUCGGUUGGGAGGAGGCGUACGACCCCGUCGUCGGAUCGUACUAUGUCGACCACAACACCAAGAGCACCCAGCUGGAGGACCCACGGGCCCAAUGGCAGCGGGAGCAGGAGUCCAUGCUGCGGGACUACCUGGCCGUGGCCCGCGAUGCGCUCAGUGCCCAGAAGGAGAUCUACCAGGUGAAGGAGCAGAGGCUCCGCCUGGCGCAGCAGGAGUACCGGCAGCUCAAUGAUGCGUGGAGGGACAAGUCGACGUCACAGACCAGCUUGAAUUCCAGAUCGUCCUCGUCCAGCAAGUACGACCCAGACAUCCUUAAAGCAGAGAUAGCCACAGCCAAAAGUCGGGUGAACAAGCUGAAGCGAGACCUGGCCUGUAUGAAGCAGGAGCUGCUGUACAAAGAACAAGGCUUUGAGACCCUCAAAGAGAUCGACCAGAAGGUGUCCAGCAGCCCGUAUGGCUACAAACUGCAGGAGGCGCAGGCCAUCCUCAGCGAGGUCCGCUCCAUCCGAGACGCCAUCAGCUCUGGGGAGAAAGAGAAACAGGAACUCAUGCAGAAACUGGCGGUGUUGAAGGACGGUUUCCAGCUGGACUCUGGCUCCCAGCAAGAGCUGUGGGGCAGCAGUCCCUCGCUCGCCAACUCAGAGCUUUCCAUCCCACGGCUGUACUCCGACGCCGGCUCCCAGACCGACAUCCCUGCUGAGUUUAUGACCAGCACCAACAAACUGGCAGAGAAAGUCCGUCUGAGUCUGAAAUACGAGGAGGCCAAGAGGAGGAUUGCCACCAUCGAGGUGCAGAUCGCCAAACUGGACAGCGAGGCAUGGCCGGGGCUGCUGGACCCUGAGCGAGACCGCCUCAUCCUCAUCAACGAGAAGGAGGAGCUGCUGAAGGAGCUGCAGUAUAUCAGCCCUCGCCAACGCCUGGAGCCCAACGACGCCGAGAAGCUGGAGUCUGAGAAGAAACGUCUGGAGAGAGACUUGCAGGCCGCCAGAGACAACCAGAGCAAGGCUCUGACUGAGAGGCUGCGACUUCACUGCAAGAGGAACAAGCUAGUCCGAGAGCUGGAGGAGAUGGUUCGACUGGCCACAUCACUACAUACUCAACUCAAAAGCCUGUCGGCCAGCACUCUGUCCUGUUCGUCCGGCAGCAGUCGAGGCUCUCUGACGUCCAGCCGCGGCUCGCUAGCCACCACCUCUAGCCUGGGCUCCACCUCCUCCCUCAGCUUCACCGACCUCUACCUGGAGCAGCCCGAGCUGGCUGACCCGGACUUCCAGAACAAGCUGGACAGCCUCCUGCAGGAGGGCGGCCAGGGAGGUUACCGCCCCUCCAGCUCCAUCACCACCAUACAUGAACACGAAGUGGUGACGGGUUGUGGAGGGAAAGACGCUGGGAGGCCUGAGGGCAAAGCAGGCAGGGUGGGAGGAGACACGGGUUGUUCUGCUGGAGGGGGUGCAGGUGUUGGCGGUGGUAGUGGAGUGGAGUCGGGGUCAUCCAGGAUCCAGGCGCUUAGACUGUCAGAAACCCCUCGCUCCAUGAGCUCUUUAUCUCCACGAUCGUCCCUUUCCUCAUUGUCUCCGCCGUGCUCGCCGCUGGUCACAGACACUAGUUUCCUGUCUGGAGAGACAUUCGCAGGCCAGACGGGGCCUGGCGGGUUGAGCUUGGACCUGGAGCUCCACAGUAGGUUAGCAGAACUGGAACUCAGCCUGGACUCUCAGGAGCAGCGGCAGGAAGAGCACGAAGGUCCUAGGGGGCUGGAGGAGAAACAGGAUCACAACACCACGCUGGGCGAAGAGGUCAAAGACUCGGCGCCACAGCUGCGUGGAACAGGGGCGGGGCCAAAGAAGAUGGGCGUGACCUCAGCAGUGUCGGACGAGUCAGUGGCUGGCGAUAGCGGUGUGUACGAGCCUUCAGAGCGCAGGCCGGGCCUCCCUGCAGACCUCCUCCUCGGCUCCUAUGAUGAGCGGUUGGCGCUGGGCUGCUCUCAGGUGCAGCUCGGCUUCCGCUACGAGUCCAGAGACCAGCGCUUCACCAUCUAUGUCAUGCAGCUGUCCAACUGCAGCGCCCUCUGUCUGCCAGCUGACCAGAAAAUGUAUGUGCGUUCGGCGGUGCUGCCCUGCGUGGAGGCCACCCGCUGCCUCUUCCGAACCCGCGGCUCUCUGCCUCAGGACAUCGUGGAGGUCAAUGAGGUGUUCAGCAUGCAGAUAUCCCACAGUGCACUGCGGCAGAAGACACUGAGGGUCGACAUCUGCAACACCAGAAAGUCGGGCCACGAAGAGUGCCUGGCCGGAGCCCAGAUCAGCCUGGCUGAUGUCAGCUGUUCGGAGGAGAGAUGCACCAAGUGGUACAACCUGCUGAGCCGUGUCUACAUGCCCGAGAUGAACAACAAGGACAAAGAGAGCCGAGCAGCCGGCGGCUCUGACAGGACUCCGGCGAUUUCCAGUGUUUCCAGAGUUGGAGCUCCUGAGGACGAUGAGUGGCAUGGCGACCCUUUGGAGGAAGACAUGUUUGAUGAUGAAGAAGGAAAUGGCGCAGAGGGAGUGGAACCACUGGAGGAAGAGGAUGAGUUUUAUCCUGAAAGCAGCCAAUGGGAAGCAGAGGAGGAAGAGGACAAGUCGACUAAACCUCGCCCUCCUCCUCCUCCUCCACCUCCACCUCCUCAUCCUCUAACAGCAGCAGCAGCAACAGCAGCCAUCACAGAAAAGGUCAACAAGGAGACAAGCAUGGACAGCUUGUUGCCGUCCCACCACUGCUCUGUGGUUCGACCCAAGGAGCGCCGCCACGACGUACACCAGCAGAACCCCUUCAUGAGGGGAAACACCAUCAUCCGCUCCAAGACCUUCUCCCCUGGACCUCAGAGCCAGUACAUCUGCAGGAUAAACCGCAGUGACAGCGACAGCUCCACCCUCUCCAAGAAGUCUCCGUUUGUCAGAAACGCUUCAGAGAGACGAAGCAUGCGCAUGAAGAAGCCUCCCGUUCAAGUUAAAGGUCUGGACGGUCUCUUGCGGACGUCCCUGGACCUGGAGUUGGACCUGCAGGUUUCGCGGACGCGGCAGGCCCGGCUGUCGCAGGAGCUGCGGGUGCUGCGGGAGCUGAAGACGCAACUGGAGAAGGCGAGGCAGCAAGGCCAGAGAGAGCUGCCGGCCUGGGUCCAAGAAGACGAACGCUUCCGGCUCCUCCUUAAGCAGGCCGAGAAACAGACUCGUGAGGAGCAACUGCAGGAGAAGCGGGUGGAGAAGAUGAUGAGGGCAGCAGCCAAGGACGUGCACAAGAUCAGGGGCCAGAGCCGCAAAGAGGUCCCCGAGGUCCAGACCUUCAGAGAGAAGAUGGCCUUCUUCACACGAGCAAAGACCAGCAUCCCCGACCUGCCGGCUGACGAUGUGUAGAGAAGCAUUUCAAAGUAUUUCCCUUCCUGAGUCUUAGUCUGCUGUUCCCAACACAAAUGAAGCAAAUGUUUGGCGGUGUUAUGAAGAAUUUUAAAUAAUAAUAAUACUAAUAAUAUGUUUAGUAGAAAAAAAAACACUGAAAACCGUGAAGAAACACAUUUUUAAAGAGCUCAGCAUUUCUAAUGUGGAUAGUCUUUGUUUGUAAAUUAGUGAUAGCACUGCUAGAGCUUUUUUAUUAUUAUUUCACCCUCUCUUUCACUCUGUUUAUGGCGUUGUGUUUCUGUUACUAACAGGCUGUUUAUAGGCUCUUAGGUGUUUAAAAUCAUUCCAGCACAAAGUCACACAGCUGCACAUGUGCAUACAAAGGGUUUUGAACUAAAAUAACACAUUUGGACAAAAAAUAUAUAUGUAUGUCGACAGCACAAAACAAUACAGAAGAAAACAAAGGUACUGAAGCAAAAUAAGCAAGUUAAGCAGGUGAUAAAACCUGCAAGUCAUGUGUUUGUGAGAGCAUUUUGAAAAGUUUAUACGCUGACAAACUUAAGCACACCUGAAGCUUGUCUGAUGUGUACAAUAUUGACAGCACAGAUGGCUGUACAUAAGCAUCAUCAGCAUGCCUUCUGUUUCAGUUCUGGCAUCUCUCACUACACGACACACGAUACCAGAACAGAAGAGGAAAACUGGAGCGUGUCUUUACAGACAUUACUAAAUGAACUGGAUCUCAUUAUAGAAGAGCAGUUUUUAAUCAUUGAGUGGGAGGUGAGAUUCUUCUUGUUUUAGGUGUGAAGUCUAAACUCGUCUGUCACCAGUUACACACACACACAC